UCGACGCGAACCAUGCCCAAAGCGACUGGCGAGUAUGCGCUACCCGUGUCUGCGUUCUUUGGCGUGGUGAAGCCGUCCGGCCCGUCUUCGAUGGCUGUCAUCAAUGACCUGAAGAAUCUUGUCGCGCGUUCCAAAAUAUUUGUGGCCGAAGAUCAGCUGGAGAAAAGCAAGGGAAAGAAAAUAUCGAAAAGAGGCAAGAACGACGUGAAAAUUGGGCAAGGCGGGACACUGGACCCUCUUGCGGAUGGAGUUCUUGUGGUGGGAGUGGGCAAGGCGACCAAGAAGCUGAACCAGUUUCUGGAGUGCGUAAAGGAAUAUCGAACAACCUGUCUGCUAGGCUGCGAGACAGACUCAUACGAUAGCGAAGGCGCUCGUGUGAGGACGGCCCCAUGGAAGCAUAUAACAAAAGAGAUGGUCGAAAGCACGCUCGAAAAGUUCAGAGGAGAGAUUCAACAGGUCCCGCCGAUAUUCUCUGCAUUGAAAAUGGAUGGGCGACCAUUAUAUGAAUAUGCUCGGAAAGGCAUACCUCUCCCUCGCCCGAUCGAGGCAAGGAAAACAACCGUACAUUCACUGGAGCUGGUUGAGUGGAAGGAUACCCACGAAUAUCGAUGGCCCUCCAAAUCACUCUCCUCGGAAGAGAAAACCGCGCUGAAGACUGCUACGGGCUCCAAUGAACUUGAAGAUGCACCAGAGGAAGAAGGUAUUCCUCCAGUGUUCGUGUUGACGAUGCGAGUCUCGAGUGGAACUUAUGUCCGGUCGAUUGUACACGAUCUAGCCCAUGCAUUGGGUUCAGCGGGUCACGUUGUGACGCUAAGUAGGACGCGUCAAGGCAGGUUUGCGUUGACAGAAACAGAGGAGGGUGAUCGGCGAUGCCUUCCAUGGGAGGUUUUUGAAAAGGCAGCAGACGAACAGGCUGGGGAAGAUGGCUGGCGUCCAUGGGAACGAGAAAUCCUGGCAAAUAUGGAAACUUUGGACAACGCUUAA